AUGGCCCUCCCCUUUCGCGAUAUCAACGUCCAGGUGGCACCCGAUGCCUACACCUUCACUUCUCCCUCGUCCCCGAAUGCUCCCACCCUCGUCAUCGACCGCCCCACCGGCGACCUGCGCCUGAGCGAGGCCGCCGCCUACCCGAACAAGCGCAUCUCCCGCGUUUCCAGCAUCGCCGGCAUCCUGGGCACGAUCAAGCUGAGGCUGGACAAGUAUGUCAUUGUCGUCACCAAGGCCCAGCCCAUGGGCCGCCUCAAGGGACACAUGGUCUACAAGGUCAUCUCGACCGACUUCCUGCCCAUGCGCGAGCGCCAGAUCAGGGACCCCGACGAGGACACGUUCCUGGCCCUGCUCAAGACCUUUGUCAUGCCCGGUCCCAUGUACUUCUCCUACUCUCUCGACCUCACCAACAGCUUCCAGCGCCAGGCCUCCAUGGACAGCUCCACCCCGCUGUGGAUGCGCGCCGACGACCGCUUCUUCUGGAACAGGGCUGUGCAGUCCGAUCUGAUUGACUUCCGCAAGAGGGGCAGCCGGUCGCAACCUGGCCCCCAGGCGGCUGCUGACCCCUAUAUCCUCCCCGUCAUCUGGGGCACCUUGGAGAUUCGUCCUACUACCGUCAAAGGGACCCCCCUCACCUUGAGCCUCAUCACAAGGAAGUCCCGUUUCCGGGCUGGCACGCGCUACUUCACGAGAGGCUUGGACGAGGAAGGCCAUGCCGCCAACUACAACGAGACGGAGCAGAUUGUCGUCCUGAACGACCCCGGCAGCGGCUUGGGCGGCUUCGCUGGCAGUGCCGACAUGCAGAGCGGCAAGUUUGGCGCUUCCGAUGGGAAGGAGAUGCAGAUCCUAUCCUACGUGCAGACUCGGGGCAGCGUGCCAGCCUUCUGGGCCGAGAUCAAUGCGUUGAAGUAUACCCCCAAGCUUCAGGUCCGAAGUAUCGAGUCCGCCCUGCCUGCCGCUCGGAAACACUUUGACGAACAGAUCCGCAUAUACGGAGACAACUAUCUCGUGAACCUGGUGAACCAAAAAGGGCGUGAGAAGCGGGUCAAGGAAACCUACGAGCAGUUGGUGGAAACCUUGGUGUCAUCGCCUCAGGAGGGCGUUAAGGCCGACUCCAGGACAGACGAGAAGUUCCACGUCAUCGAGCCAGGCUCGUCGAAACAGGCCUACGACCGCCUACACUACGUCUACUUCGACUAUCAUCACGAGACCAAGGGCAUGCAGAUGCAUCGUGCCAUGCUGCUCAUCGACAGGCUUCAGGAUGCCCUGGUUGCUCAGCAGUAUUUCCGUGGCGUUGACAUGCCCGCCAACGGCGGCCUCGAAACCCGCAACUUCCAGACCAGUGUCGUCCGUACGAACUGUAUGGACUCGCUAGACCGUACCAACGUCGUGCAGAGCAUGUUCGCCCGGUGGACAUUGGAUCGCAUGUUCAUUGAUCUUGGCAUCCUGGAGCGUGGCGAGAACUUCGCUGCCGUCGACCGGGACUUCUACUUCCUCUUCCGCAACGUCUGGGCCGACAACGCGGAUACCGUCUCCCGCGCCUAUGCGGGCACCGGCGCCAUGAAGACGGAUAUCACUCGCAUGGGCAACCGAACGAAUGCCGGCAAGCUCCAGGAUCUCAACAUUGCUAUCAAGCGCUUCUAUCUCAACAACUUCCGAGAUGGACCCCGGCAGGAUGCUUUCGAUCUGUUCCUCGGAGCCUACGAUGCCAGCACCGCUAACAUCGGCCCCUCUCUCGUCUUUGCAGACCGACGACCGAUUCUCAUCCAGAGUGUUCCUUACUUGCUUGCGUUCAGCGUGUUCCUCGUUUUCGUGGCACUCUUCACACGCCGCGUACCCGAUUCUGCGGUCCUUCCCAUGCGCCUUUUCAUUUUGUUUUGGGCGGCGGCAGCGGCUUGGUGUGUCCAGUUCAUCCUGAAAAAUGGAAUGCUAUACGUCAACUGGCCAAAGCUCAACCCUAGGCCAUGGGCUGUAGAGGGCUAUCAGGAGACCAUCAGCAAGGUCCGGAAAGACAAGCUUCUGGGUGCGUUCGUCGCCAAGCACGAACGCGGGCUUAGCACUGCGAGGUACCUCAGCGCCGAAGAGGGCAAGAAGAGGAUCGAAUAG